CUCUGGGCAAGAGACAACUUGAUGCGGUCGUGACGCAAGAGAGUCGAGUCGAAACUUGGUGAUAGUCUGACACCAUGUUUCGCAAGCCGUUUGCAUUCCCGAGACGACACCGGGAUGAGGUGGUCGAGGCCGACCCCAGCAGCAGUGACGAUGAAAACAUCCGGCCGUUGGCUCUCGAAAGAACUCAGUCGUCGGCAACGUCCUCGGUAGCCGAUCGCUCAGUGAAAGAUCCUCUGGGCCUCAAAGUGCUGUAUCGGCCGCCAAAAGAGCGCAAGGUGGACAUCAUAUUUGUUCAUGGUCUUGGCGGAAGCAGUCGCAUGACAUGGACGAAAGAACACAACCUCGACAACUUCUGGCCGCUCAAGUUCCUGCCUCAUGAGCCUGAGAUUGGAGAUGCCCGGAUCAUGACGUUUGGAUACAAUGCCAAGUUCAAGCCGGGAAGCAGCGGAUCAAGUACCAUAUCUCUGCUGGACUUUGCCAAGGAGUUGCUCUAUGAUCUCAAAUAUGCGACUGACGAGUCGUCACCGGAACUGGAGGAUCUUAGGCUGGGACAGAAACCGAUCAUUUUCCUGGUUCACUCGAUGGGCGGACUCAUCGUCAAGGAGGCAUACAUGCAGGGCAAAGACGACCCCGAGUACGCGGCUAUCAUCAAGGCCAUCUCAUCUAUCAUCUUCCUGUCGACACCGCAUCGUGGAACAAACCUAGCUGAGACACUAAACCGCAUUCUCAGGGUCUCAUUAGUCGCUAAGCCGAUGCAGUUCAUCUCCGAGCUCACAUCAGGUUCACAGACGUUGCAGAAGCUAAAUGAGUCGUUCCGGCACGUCGCCGAGAAGUUGCAGAUUAUUUCGUUCUAUGAGACUCGUCCGACGCCAAUAAUCAAAAGUGCCACCAGCAUCAUGGUUUUGGAGAAGGAGUCCUCGGUGCUCGGGUACCCUGGCGAGAUAUCCAAGCCACUAGAUGCGGACCAUAACGGAGUCUGCAAGUACGAUGGCCCAGACGAUCCGCGCUACAUCACCAUCAGGAAUGCGCUGAAGAGUUUGGUUGCCAAGUCCAAUCAUAGAGAGGGCAGAGAACACACGGCUCGUCACGCGAGAUCCGAUAGCAGCAGCAGCAGCAACGGCAGCGAUUUUAUUGCCCUAGACCGAGACCGCUAUCGAGGGGGAUCAAGACGGGCGUCGACGAAAGAAGAACCGACAAAUGCGCCUGACACAGCAGAGGCCGCAAAGGCGAACCUCGGAGACUAUCUCUCCUCGGCAGAGUCACCAAACCAAGACUUCAACUUCUUCCGUGACCGCUGGACUGUGGGGACCUGCGAAUGGAUAUUCAGCAACCAAGCCUUCACAACCUGGCUCGAGGACGAUCGAACGAGCCCCCACGUCCUGUGGCUCCAGGGCAACGCAGCCGGGGGCAAGUCCAUCAUGUCGUCUUUUAUAAUCGACAAGCUUGCCCGGGGUGGUCUGCCGUGUUACUAUUUCUUUUUCCGCUUCAACGACCAAAAGAAGCGCUCCAUAGGUACCCUUCUCCGGUCGCUCGCUGCCCAGAUGGCCAACUCGAUCCCUGCCUACGCAUAUAAGCUACUGGAUGUGGCUUCGGUGACUACCGAUCUGAAAGCGGCCGACUUUCGGAGUAUCUGGCAAUGGUUCUUCAAGGACACUCUGUUUGCUCUGGGAGAGGAAGUCGGAAAUCCGAUAUACUGGGUGAUGGAUGGGCUGGACGAGGCCGACACGCCUUCGUCGCUGAUCCGCCUGCUAGCCGACAUGGAUGCAGCCACUGUAAAGAUCCCUCUUCGCAUUCUCAUUGUCAGUCGCAAGACUCACGACCUCUCAUCUGCCUUUGUGCGCUUGGGCAAACGGAUCGACAUGGACACUAUCUGGAUUGAGGGCUAUCGACAGGAUCUUCUUGCGUACGUUGAGCAAGAGAUGGACUUUACCGAGGAGGGCGAGUACCGCGAUCAGGUCGUAGCCCAGCUGCUGGAGCGCACGGGAGGAAACUUCCUGUGGUUGCAUCUGGCGGUGCACAAGAUCAACCAGUGCCACACAAAGUUAGACGUGGAGCGGGCGCUUGAAGAUCUGCCGUCAGGUAUGCACGAGCUAUACGACCGAAUGGCUUUGUUGGUGCAGAACCAGCCAAAGGCCAGUGACCGUCGCCUGGGGCAGAGUAUUCUCGGCUGGGCUACAUGUGCAAGGCGGUCUCUCAGCAUCGAGGAACUGAAAGAUGCCCUGGGAGGAACAAGCGAUAUGCGCGAGAUCGUCGAGAUCCACCGAACUGUGGAAGAUCUCUGUGGUGGCUUUGUUGUGGUCGACAACGAGGGCAAGAUUGCCAUGCUCCACGAGACGGCGCGCGAGUAUCUUACCGGCUCGGCGUUGUACGAGAGCUCUGGACGGCGACCAUGCGCAAUCGACCCGCGACGGACACACGAUUUGCUCUUCAAGAGGUGCAUAGCCUGUCUGACGGAUCCAUCGCUGCGGAAUCUCAUCAAUCGCGGCGAGCCACCCGCCCUUGUCAACUACGCCAUCAGCUCGUGGUACAUUCACCUGUCCAAGGGGACAUGCGUCGACCCCAACCCCGAGAUUCUCGAUGUUGUUGUUCGAUUUCUUCGCAGCCCUCACGUUCUCGUCUGGAUGUUCAGCGCAGCGACCCAGAACGAACUGCGGUUCCUCGUCAUUGCGUCUCGGUAUCUGGCUGGCGUGGUGCUCCGCCUGCGACAGAUCCAAGAUGAAGGCGAGUCUUUGGCCCAACGCCAGGCCACGGAAGUCAUCGAGGGUUGGGCAACGGACCUGAUCAAGAUCGUGGGCAAGUUUGGCAAGAACCUGACGCGGGACCCAGACUCAAUCUACAGGCGGAUUCCGCCGUUCUGCCCGUCGCCGUCCAUGAUCUACCAGCAAUUCGGCAAGAAAGAGAGUCGGACGCUGCACGUCUCCGGAGUGGCAACCACAAGGUGGGACGACUGCCUGGCGCGCUUUUCCUUCGAGUCCGGGGCUGUGGCAUCGACGGUGCUGAACGCUGGAAGCCGGUUAGUGAUACUCACGAUCGAUCGAAGAACCAGCACGAUCGCCACUUACAGCGACGCAACCUUUGGAGAGCAGCGACGUAUGCAGCACGCCGAACGGGUUCUCAUGAUACAGGUGAAUAAGCUGGGUAAUCUGCUCGUCAGCUACGGCUAUAAAACGACCAGGAUAUGGGACAUAACGACGGGUGCUUGUAUCAAGGUGGCCAACAACCCAGCCACGCUGCCGCGGCCCCAGGCCAUCACCUUCGUCCAAGACGAAAUCCUGAUGAGCAGCGAGGACCGCUGUGUUCGUUGUCUGUCCAUCAGUGACGAGUCUAGUGUUGAGUGGGAGCUCAAGUCGCGCGUCGAGGAACAGGGCCAGGUGUUAGAGGGUAUCAUAGCCAACGCCCCCUCCUGCGCGGCCAUCAGCCACGACGGGCGCAUGGUUGCUUACGGAUAUCGCGGGCAUCCCAUCACCGUCUGGGAGAUUGACCCCACGGUUUUCUUCAGCGAGAUUGUGCUGGACGCAGAUGGUGCAAUCGACAUGUUGGAGGCAUCAAGCAUGAGAUGGCACCCUCUGCGCUAUGAGAUCUUCUGCCUGAGCAAUGUUGGCGUCCUGUUCAAAUGGGAUCCAGAUUAUGAUCAGGCCGAAUUCACGACGCACUCUGGCGCAGACAAGCUCAACAUCAACCCCAACGGCUCUCUUGUGGUGACUGGGGACGCGAGGGGUAACAUCAAGGUCUAUGCCAGUGCAGACCUCUCGCUGCUAUGCCACUUGCACUCGCAGGACAACAUUGUGAGUUUAUCCUUCAGCUCAGACUCGCGGAGACUGUACGACGUGCGCAGUCUCUAUGGAAUCGUCUGGGAGCCAAGCACGCUCGUGAGGCUGGCGGAAAAGUCCGAAUACCCAGAGAGCAAUACAGACCUCGGAUUCACGGGCGACAACGAAAGUCUGGCGAAGCUGUCGCUCUAUUCAGAACACACUUCAGCUCAUUUCGACAGCGUCGUCUCGCUCGCCAGACAACCCGUCGGAUCCCUCUACUGCUACGCCACUGAGGACGGCGUCGCAAUGCUAGGAGAGGUUGGGAAGGGCAACGUGGGAGAAUUGGCACGCUCAGCGAGCUACUUAGCUAUGGAGCACAUGGUAUGGAGCGAGGAUGGGCGGCUCGUCGUCUUGAGCGAUCUCGGGGGCCGGUUACUGUUCAAGCGAGUCACGCGGUCUUCCAACAAAUGGAACAUCCAACACGAGCAUGAUCUCGUUAUUCCGCCCUCGCAUGGGCACAUCACACAGCUCGUGGUCCAUCCAUCCGGAGACCGACUGCUUGCCGCUACGCCGACAACGCUGCACUGCGUCAACCUCAAGACAUGGGAAAUAAAUGCCAAACCGUGUCCCGUUGGCGUCGAGUCCCAGAUCAAGUGGGCAUGCCAUCCCACGAUACCUGACUACAUUCUCGGAUUCUCGAGAACGCGGGUGCGGAUCGUCUCUUGGGCAACUCUCGAUGAGUUGGGUGUCCGAACUUAUGCGCUUCCAAGGGCAAAGAAGCAGCAAGCGUCAGGGCCAGGGCCAACGACAACUUCACAUGGACUUUUGGCCCGUGCCAAUGCCCUCAAGUCGGAUCGAGAUAAGCUUGGCCGGCUGAUCUCGGGCCAAGGCUUUCCCCAGAUUCUUUUCGAAACACAUCUGGCCGGAUCAGGGGAGGCGACCCGCGAAUUCCUCGUCUUCGAGGCAGCGGACAUCACUCCAAGCCCAGACGACGACGCAACGACUGGGCUUUCGUACACCACCUUACCAGAGCAUGUCGCCUCUCGCAUACGGGAGCCUCUCGCCUUCCUCCCGCGGGGCAAACUUGCCUACCUCGACAUCGAUGCCUGGAUCUGCACGUUCCGCUUGUCUAUGAGACCGACUCUUGGCGGGUCCCGGCGAGUUGGAUCAUUAUCAUCAUCCUCAUUACCGCAACCUGGCGGUUCAACCGACUCACAAUCCGGCCGUCGACUCUCGGAAACGCUGUCUCAUAGGCGCGGGAGCCUGCAGAUAACAGGCACAGCUACGGAGAGAGUUGUAGCGGCAAGGCGGCAUGGGUCGGAGUCUGCUGCAUCAGGUAAUACCAGCGGUAUAGAGAGGCAUUAUUUCUUACCUGGAGAUUGGGCCACGGCAAACGAGGCAUAUCUCUGCGCUAUGGCGCCAGAUGGGACUCUGCUAUGUCCGCAGAACGGGGGCAUCGCGUCAGUUCAAUCAGCGACACUGCGCAAGUAGAACAUGCAUGAAAUGAAUGCAUAUUCUAUUCUACUCUACAAACUGGAUAAGCUGUAUAUAACGUGGGGGGCGGUAAGUGUGGCAUAAUAUAUAUGGAGAACACGCAUGAAUUAUUAACUAGGGUUCUAAGUAAGGGCAAUGCUAUAUAACGGGGAGUAAGUGAGCCCUAUUACGCGCUGUGCAUAUAGGUAUGCGUAACAGCUAUUACCCCAAGGCCGUAAAUCAUAGAAAAAGACUUUUAUGUGAUAAAAAGUAUAGAUGUACUAGAUUGAUCUUGGGGAAGCGAUACGUUGUAUCAAGAAGUCUAUACCUGCAUCCCUGGACUUGCUCUAGGCAGUGCUUUGAUUGGAGGAAUGUACGGGCCGGCGACGGGAAGUCUAAUUGGUUCGGGAAAUCUACAGUAAGCCGGGAAUAGGAAAUAGGAUGUUAUAACGAAAAGAGAUAGCUUAACAAUACACGCAUAUCUUCAUCUAGCUAUAGUAGAGGGGACGAG